AUGGUGUUCCUCCUCCCCGCGCUCGCCACACUUCUCACCCUCUCCUCCGCCGCCAUCCUACCCCGCCAGAGCACCGACACUUCCACGUCAACGCCACAGACAUCGGGCUCAGACUCAACAGCAUGUAAUAACUCUCCAGACCUCUGCUCAAAAACUUACGACUCAAUAACACAUCUCGGAGCGCAUGACUCGCCCUUCCUUCGUGACGCCUCUACCGGCUUCUCCGUGGCAGGCAACCAGUUCUACAACUCGACCAUACAAUUGGAUGCUGGCGUUCGCUUACUGUCUGCUCAAGUACAUAAGUCUAAUGGCAACAUCCAUCUGUGUCACUCGUCCUGCGAUCUACUCGAUGCCGGAAUCCUCUCCACCUGGCUGAUGUCGAUCAAGGAGUGGUUGGAUAGACACCCUCGUGACGUUGUCACCAUUCUCCUGGUCAACUCCGACGAUUUUACCGCCCAGGAACUCAACGAGCACUUCACUGCCGCCAACCUGACCGAGUAUGCCUACGUUCCAGCAUCCAAGUCAGCCGCGCCUGCGUCCUGGCCUACCCUCAAUGACCUCAUCACUGCCAACAAACGUCUGAUGACCUUUGUCGCUUCUAUUCAACCGAGCACUAUCCCGGAUUCCAUGACCUACCUGAUGGACGAGUUCACCUUCAUUUUCGAAAACGAUUUCGAGAAUGUUAAAAUGUCCGACUUCAGCUGCGAACCACACCGUCCCACCAGUGUACAGAACAACACGCAGCUGGCUCUGAGCCAGAACAAGAUGCCGCUAAUGAACCACUUCCUUUACAAGGAGAGCGAAUUCUUAAACAUCCAGAGUCCCGAUAUUGACAACAUCACGACUACCAACAGUCCUAACACAACUCAGGUUGGUAUGCUGGGCCUCGCUCUCGAAACCUGUACAAGCGAAUACGGCAACCAGGCACCCACAUUUAUUCUGGUGGACUUCUUUGACGAGGGGCCCACGGUCCAGGCUGUGGAUCGCGUCAACAGCAUCACACCCGUCGGACGUACGGUGGUUCCACCGCGAGACCACAACAGCAAUGAGGGCAAUCUGAACUCCAGGACAUUUGCCGGCGUGAGGGAGCUAGUCAAGCAGGUCGAGAUGGGUCAGAAACCCAAAAUUGGCGAAUGGAUCUGGGCCGGUGGCUUGUGGGUCGGCGGUGGCCUGAACACUAAUGGAGGGUUGAGCAUUGGCUGA